AUGUUUUCUCAUUGGAAUAUGAUGCCAGAGUACCAUUAGACACAGUGUUUACAGAAUCUGUUAUGGCAAGAUAUUUAAGAAUUUUUAAUUUCCUGUGGAAGCUGAGGCGAGUGGAGCAUGCACUUAUUGGUGCGUGGAAGACAAUGAAACCUAAUUGUAUUACUUCUCAUUCUUUCACCAAGCUGCAGCAUGCAGUUAAGUUGCAGUUACUCUCAACACUGAGACAAUGCCAGGUCCUUUGGAAUCAGAUGAAUCAUUUUGUAACAAACUUGCAAUAUUAUAUCAUGUUUGAAGUUCUAGAGGUUUCAUGGUCUAACUUCUCAAAUGAGAUGGAAGUAGCGAGGGAUCUUGAUGAUCUACUUGCAGCACAUGAUAAGUACCUCCAUUCAAUAGUAGAGAAAUCUCUUCUUGGUGAACGAUCCCAAUCCCUUUACAAGUCACUCUUUGUCUUGUUUGACCUUAUAUUACGUUUCAGAAGUCAUGCUGAUCGGUUGUAUGAAGGAAUUUAUGAGUUACAAACAAGAACUAGGGCAUCCUCUUUAUCCUCUCAAGACAAGAACAGAUCACGGAGGCAGACAAGUGACAAAUCUUCAGAGCCUGGAUCAUGGCUUAAUGAUGGCAGGAAAGCUCUAGAAGAACGUGCUGGUGAAUUUCUUCAAAAUAUGGGGCAGGAACUGGAAGCAAUAUCAAAGGAAUAUACUGUGUUGCUUGAAGGUUUCUUGUCUCAGUUGCCUGUGCAGCAACAUGUUGAUUUGAAAUUCCUCUUCUUUCGGCUUGACUUUGCAGAAUUUUAUAGUCGGUUGCAUCCUGGAUCAUAGCAAAGUUAUUAAUACAACCGAGUUUAAUCCAUUUAUUCGAGGCAUGAGCAGAGUUCAUUUAUUUGCUGCACAAUGAGUGAAGAGUCAUGCAGUGUCUUGCUGACGCCAGGAUUAACCUUUAUAUUCCACUGCUUGAUUUUAGGAGUCUGAUAUUAUCUUUCAUCAUAUCAGAUGGUUUGUGCUCCUUUCCAAGGGUUUGCGUGAAAGUUUGCGAUCAUGUCAUGAUCAAAGGUAUUUUAUAUCACGAAGCGAAACAUAUCAUAGCCCAAUUAUUUGUUGGCACUUUUCUUCUUAUUGUUACAAGCUGUUUAUGCUGAGCUUGUGCAUCUGUAUCAUAGUUAUGUAUUGCCCAAAUAUUAAGCAUUUUGAUAUAUAAUUUGGUUUAGCAUCUGCUUGUUUUUUCAACCCUGACAUUUGAUACUUACUGGUUAUUUGGGUUGGGAUGGCUGCACUUUGUGUUAGCUGCAAUAAACAUAUCAUAAUUCCUUG